UCGUGAAAUAUUACAUUAAGAAUCAUUCUUAGAUCUGUAGGAAGUGUCAUUUCUUUCAGUAUAGUCGCAGACAAAAUACUAGAGAAAUGCUAAAACAGCCAUUAAAUAUCUUAAAAUUGAUUGGUUUCAUAGAAAUACAUAAGACAUUUUCAGUAUCGGGUCAUCUUGGUUCCCCACUAAUGAAGGCCGUGCUUUUCAUAAAAAGACACAAAUAUUUCAUGAUAAUCUUUGAGAUUGUGUAAAACUUUAAUGGUGUCCAUGAACUUUUUUCCAUCAUUGUAUUUAUUAACAAAAUAAAUACAUAACAGAGACGUACAUGACACCAGUGUUUCUCAGUCUUAAAUUUGACUCGACUUGCACCCAAAAGCAACACACGAGGAAGCUGAUGAAUAACUCUGAGGUCACUGAAAUCAUUCAAAUUAAAUCUCAUCAUUAAACUCUUCCCUUAGUUUUUGACCUGAGCAUGAAGUCAAGAGUUUCUCUGGAUCACAUUCAUAACCAAAUAAUAAAGAUCAUUUUAAAUUUGGUCGAUGAAAUCUGUCUGUCUGUGAGAGUUGAUAAAUAAAUGAAUAAAUAAAUAAAUUCCGUGUAUGUUCCAACAUGUCCUUCUCACUGGUGGUGGAAGUAGAGCAGAACGAAACCAAGAGCGAGUCUGGAGGAAGUGUGGGCGGGGCAUCGAUAUCGUGGCUCCGCCCUCGGACCGUACUGCGCAGACUCCGACUCCAAGCUCCGAGCAAGAUGGCGCCGCCCGUGUCUCCGGGUAAAUAGCGUCAGUGUGUAAGUGAGUGAGGACGUCUUAUCUAUAUUUAUAUGCAGCUGUCUAACUUCACUAGUGUAUGGACCGAGCUGGAAGACGACUAUGUCUUCUGUUAUAGUAACAAUGUCUUCAUCUGAGAGUUUGAGAGAGUUGAUCAUCGAGCGACUAACUGCUGCUGCUGAAGAAAUAUUCGGACUCUUUGAAAGAACUGUCGUCCAGUACGAGGAAGAGAUCGAUCGUCAGCGCAGACUGCUGGAUAUCACCUGGAAACCUGAGAUAAAGUUACACAGAAUAGACCAGCCACAGCAUUAUGUUUGUAAGGAGGAGGAAGUUGUAGAUGACCAGCUUUCUAAGCAGGAGAGGGCCUCCAGUCUGAACCAGGAGGAACCAGAACCUCUACAGCUUAAAGAGGGACAAGCAGAACCAGAACCUCCACAGAUAAAUCAGGAGCAGGAGGAACCAGAACCUCCACAGAUAAAUCAGGAACAGGAGGAACCAGAACCUCCAGGGAUAAAACAGGAACAGGAGGAACCAGAACCUCCAGGGAUAAAACAGGAACAGGAGGAAUUCUCCUGCAGCAGUCAGCAGGAAGAACAUCUUGUUCUGAAGCUGGAGGCUGAUUCCUUGAUGGAGACUUCUACUGAUGAGGAAAGUGAGCUCAGUGAACCACAACCAAAAAGUGAGAGCCCAGAUCAGGGAGGAAUCGAGUAUGUGGACUCGGGAUCAACUAGAAAUGCAGAGCUGAAUCCAAAGAAGAGAAGAAGACGUUGCAGAGACACAAGUCACAGCAAUGUAGACAACUCUCCCAUGUCAGAGAGUCAGAGUGAUACUGACACAGAUAAAAAGUCUGUAACAUGUGACAUCUGUGGAAAAACCUUCAAGACUAAUUUCAAGAUGAGGGUGCAUCGCAGAUUUCACACAGGUGAGAGGCCAUAUUGUUGCGAAACUUGUGGGAAGAGUUUCAGAAGGUCCGAUAACUUAUCAGCCCACAAGAGAAUCCACACCGUCGAACAUCUGUAUUCUUGUGACAUCUGUGGGAAAGACUUCAGUUGGAGAAGUCACCUUAAUGCCCACAUGAGGACUCACACAGGUGAGAGGCCAUAUUGUUGCAAAACAUGUGGGAAGAGUUUCAGCAGUGCUGAGAACUUAUCAGCCCACAAGAGAAUCCACGCCGGUGAGCAUCUGUAUAUCUGUGACACCUGUGGGAGGGGUUUCCGUUGGAAAUGUCACCUUAACGUCCACAUGAGGAUUCACACGGGUGAGAAGCCACACCUCUGUAAAGGGGGUUUGGAGUACAUUGGGCAGAGGUGGGGUCCCAUGGACAGGGUUCAGUUCUUUUAG